UUGUUCUGUCAAAUUGUGCAACACCUAGUAACUUGUCGCCCCCCACACCUCACCCCCAUGCUGAAAGUCUGAAAGCCAGUGGGAGAGGAGACAAAUCUGCUUCUUAUUGGCCACGUCCAAGAGGAAACAUCUGUUUGACUUCCAGAGAACUCCACACCCGCAGAGCGACCCAGCCGUGUGUGUGGGGACUGAGACCGGCUGUAGCGUUUGUGUCAUGCUGCCCUCUAGCUGCCAGGGGGUCUGUCUGCCACAGCACGUCCUGUUAAAGAGUUAGUGCUGAUGAUACUCAUUAGUAUUUAAGAGAGAGCUACGAACUUCACUUUGUGUUAUUGUAGUUUUAUUUCUGUUUAGCAGUUUUAUUUUUUCAUCGCAGGCAAGUAACUCCAUCAGUAACAUGAAUGAAAAUGAAAAUUAUGUUCCCUUAUUUAAGUACCUACAGUAUACGUUGUAUAAGUUUUUAGCUGCCCUUUCACCUGGAGGUCAGAGGUCAAGCCUUUAGAGUUGGUGGCACCACUUAGAAACCCAACCAGGAGGUCGCCUGCACGUAACGACGCAUUCGUAACGCACUUUUGUUUUUUUGGGCUCGGCCGGUGGAGCUCAAAGCUACAGUUGAUUGGAUUGAAUUAAUCUGACAGGGCAGGUCACACCUGUAAGCUCCCACACACAGACGCACCAGCUGUAAACCUGCCCGCUGGCCUCCACACAUGGACAGAAAUGAGCCCAUUCAUGUUCCUUCGGUCGCGUUCCCAUCGCUGUGACGCUGCGGUGCAGAGCGUUUACCUCGGAGAGAAGUGCGAUCUGUCCACGUCAUCAGUGGUUGGGCGGCAGCAUCUUCUGCUGAUCCCCCGCCUUCCUGUAAACUGGUCUCUAAUGAUGCAGCAACCGCUUCGCGGCGGCUUUUCUUCACCUCAGCGAUGGGAGCAGACCCCAUGUCUUCAUCCUCAGUGUCUCGUAACUCGUUUCCUCCUCUUCCGACCUGCCUCUCCGUUCCCAUGCCCGUCCCCUUCCACCCGUCUCUGCCGUCCCUCCCUCGGGUCAUGUCUUCUGCACAGCUUCUUCCUGGCCUCUCUGUGGCUCCUUCCCAGUCCGUCAGAGGCCGCCGGGUUUCGGGUCGGGGUGGUGGGACCCUGGGGCUGUGAUCCUCUGUUUGCCAAGGCGCUUCCCAACGUGGCAGCACAGCUUGCCGUCAAUCGCAUCAACAAGGACCCAUCGCUGUCCUACGCUGCCCCGUUUGACUAUGUGGUGCUGCAGGAGCCGUGUGAGACGUCGCGGGCGCUGGAGGCAUUCAUGGGCUUCCACACCAAAGCCUCAGGGUUCGUCGGACCCACCAAUCCCGGUUACUGCGAUGCUGCUUCAAUGCUGAACAAAGGCUGGAACAAAGCGCUGUUUCCUUGGGGGUGCGUUGGCUCGGACUUGGACGACAUUCGGAACCACCCAACGUUUGCCCGCUCCAUGGCGAGGCCCACCUGGGUGCUGCUCAGUGUCAUGAGUUACUUCAGGUGGGCCCACAGCGCCAUCAUUUCGUCCGCACAGGACGUCUGGGUGGAGACAGCCGCCAAGGUGGCUGAUUCCCUGAGGAGCCACGGCUUGUCAGUCAGGCUGGUCGCGGUGAUGGAGAACACGCCCCACGGCAUCAUCCGAACCCUCGCUGAGAUCCGCAGGAUGAGAGAAGUACGAGUCGUGGUCCUCUGCAUGCACUCGGCGCUGAUCGGCGGCGAACUCCAGCAGCUGCUGCUGGAGACGGCCUACGACAUGCGGAUGAUCGACGGCUCCCUGGUGUUCGUGCCGUACGACGCGCUGCUCUACAGCCUGCCCUACCGCAACGUGAGCCACCCGGCCCUGAGGGGCAACGGCAAACUGCUGAGGGCCUACGACGCCGUGCUCACCGUCACCGUGGACUCGCCCCGCGCCUCGUUUUACGAGGCCUUCGCCGAGGCCGUGGAGAGGGGGGAGGUGGCGAGGACCCUGAGGCCACAGCAGGUGUCGCCCCUGUUCGGCACCAUCUACAGCUCGGUGCUCCUCGCGGCCCAUGCGGUGCACCGGGUCCGGCGGUCUGGGCACUGGAUGUCUGGAGGAAACCUGGCCAGAAGCACCCGCAGCCUGGAGUUCCAGGGUUUCAGCCACACGGUGAAGACCAACCGCUCCGGAGCAGUGCUGCUCACCUACGUCAUUUUGGACACUGAUGGACGCUCCUGGGAGCUGAAACCUACAUACAGCGUCGACAUGGAGGCCGGUUUGGUGCGUUACUUGGGUCGAGACAUUCACUUCCCUCAUGGCUUUGGGCCCAGGAAAGACGCCUCCUGCUGGUUUACUGCAGGGGUCAUCUGUUCAGGGGGUGUGGAUCUGUUAUCAACCGUCAGCAUGUUCCUCGGAGCAAUUGUCUCCUCAGUUUUUGCAGUGGCACUGAUUUACUGGUUCAGGCGACGCAUCAAUCAGAUUCGUCUGGUCCGCGGUCCGAACAAGAUUUUGCUGACUCUGAAUGACGUCACAUUCAUAAACCCGUCGCUCAGCAACAAGAAGCUGAAUCUGGACGACAGCGGCAUGAGAAGCAUAUCAGAGCGCAGCAUCGCCUCGCCGGCCUCCACCCAGUCCCCCGCCACCUACGAGAACUCCAACGUUGUCAUCUAUGAGGGUGACUGGGCGUGGCUCAAGAGGCUUCCUAACGGGACGUUCAGCCGCAUCAACCCAAAAACCAGCGACGUCUUUGAACUGAUGAAGGACAUGCGCCACGAGAACGUCAACACCUUCCUGGGCUUCUUCCACGACUGCGGCGUGUUCGCCGUGGUGACGGAGUUCUGCUCCAGAGGCAGCCUGGAGGACCUGCUGCUGAACCACGACGUCAAGCUGGACUGGAUGUUCAAGUCCUCGCUGCUGCUGGACCUGAUCAAGGGCAUGAAGUACCUCCAUCACCGCCGGGUGAGCCACACGCGCCUCAAGUCGCGGAACUGCGUGGUGGACGGGCGCUUUGUCCUGAAGGUCACGGACUACGGCUACAACGAGGUUCUGGAGGCGCAGCGGUUUCCCUACGUGGAACCUCCUGCAGACGAGCUGCUGUGGACGGCGCCCGAGGUCCUGAGGGGCGGCCAGCCGGGGCGGCGCGGCUCGCCGGCCGCGGACGUCUACAGCUUCGCCAUCAUCGUGCAGGAGGUGGUGGUCCGGGGGCCGCCCUUCUGCAUGCUGGACGCGCCCGCUGCAGAGCUGGUGGAGAAGCUCCGGAGGCCUCCGCCGCUGUGCCGCCCGGUGGUCAUUCCGGACUACGCGCCGCUGGAGUGCAUUCAGCUGAUGAAGCAGUGCUGGACCGAGCAGCCGGACAAGAGGCCCAGCUUCGAUCAGAUCUUCGACCACUUCAAAAACAUCAACAAGGGGAAGAAGACCAACAUCAUCGACUCCAUGCUGCGGAUGCUGGAGCAGUACUCGUCCAACCUGGAGGAGCUGAUCAGGGAGCGAACGGAGGAGCUGGAGAUAGAGAAGCAGAAGACGGAGAAGCUGCUGACUCAGAUGCUGCCUCCGUCCGUGGCCGAGGCCUUGAAGGUCGGCGGCGCGGUCGAGCCCGAGUAUUUCCACAACGUCUCGCUGUAUUUCAGCGACAUCGUGGGCUUCACCACCAUCUCGGCCAACAGCGAGCCCAUCGAGGUGGUCGACCUGCUCAACGACCUCUACACGCUGUUCGACGCCAUCAUCGGGGACCACGACGUCUACAAGGUGGAGACCAUCGGCGACGCCUACAUGGUGGCGUCCGGCGUGCCCGUCCCCAACGGCGAGCGCCACGCCGCAGAGAUCGCCAACAUGGCCCUGGACAUCCUGAGCGCAGUGGGCAGCUUCAAAAUGAGACACAUGCCAGACGUGCCCGUCAGGAUCCGCAUAGGACUCAACUCAGGGCCGUGCGUGGCCGGUGUUGUGGGCCUCACCAUGCCUCGCUACUGCCUGUUCGGAGACACAGUGAACACCGCCUCCAGGAUGGAGUCCAGCGGGCUGCCCUACAGGAUCCACGUCCACCAGAGCACAGUCAGGGUCCUGCAGCACUUAAGCCUCGGCUACAAGCUCCAGUUACGAGGCCGAGCAGAAGUGCGGGGUAAGGGAAUGGAAGAGACCUUCUGGCUGGUCGGGAGGGACGGUUUUACCAAACCUCUGCCUGUUCCUCCGGAGCUCCAGUCUGGGCAAAUGGCCCACGGGCUGCAGAUGGCCGAGAUUGCCCAGUACAAGAAACGGAAAGCUGAGAGGCAGCAACAGGAGCAACGUGCAAAGAAGAAAAACUGAGGCAAAGCACAACAUUAGUGGCUCGGUCAAAGGACGUGAGGCAGGUUUUUUAUGAGGCAGUGAAGAUCGUCUCCCACGUCAGUGUUGUGACUCAGAUCUACACACUUUAGACUAAUACUGACAUGGACAGAAGUCAUUAAAAACCAUUCAGACGUUAGGAAACUCUUUGCUAGUGAUCAUCAACUGAAUGGUGUCACCAGGAGGAUGAAGACACAAGAGAGAGAUUGUGUGUGUGCGUAUUAACGGCUUGAGCGGAGGAGAUGAAGUUGUCAGAACAUGACUCAGCAAAGCGGGGAUUUACAGAAACUGUACAUCAGCAACAUAGGAGCACCAUUAAUCUCUGGCUCAGUUCUUCUCCCUUCACUUCCCCGUUCCUGUCUGAUGGAAGGAGGGAAUUUAGGAACUCAGCCGAAGAGGAAGAGGAGCUAAUGACAGGAAAUGCAGUGGGAAUCUUUUGCUUCCACCAGAUCGCCAGACAGACAGAAGCAGAGUGUCUACAGUUCAUUAGAACUUUAGUGUUUUUAGUUGGUCAGUGUUCUCUAGAAUAUAUCAGAAAACUGCAUAGUGUUACUAAAAUUGCAUGUUUGGUUUUACAAAAACUAAAAUGUUCGACUUACUACCGGUAGAUUUAACAAACCAGUCCAUUCAGUGGGCAUCCAAUGUAGUGAUGUAAUGAGAGCUACUGAUGGUCUUAUAGUUUUUUCCCUAACUACUACAUGCUUACUACUAUGUGGUAUACAGAUACAGUAUUUGCACUAUUAUAUUAGUUUUAAUUCAUUUAAUAUAAACAUCAUAAACAAGAGGUUGUGCUUUUAAUGUGCUGCGUUGAUGUUUGAAUGAUUUUGGUCCCAAUAAUACAAUUAUUUUAUUGUAGUUUUCUGCUAACAGCAAUAUUACAUUCACUUUACUUUCUGGAGCUAAUUUGAUCUGCAAUAAAGUUUUUGAGCUUAUAUUCUGAUGUAAGCAUGGGACAGUGAUUUUAAACAAUCCCACAGCGCCCUCUGUUGACGGUUCAAAGCAUGAACUGAACGUGUUGAAGCCACAGAUGGCAUCCUGAGCGGAUUAUCCGCGCUGAUCCUCGCACUGUGGACGCGCACGUUUGUGUGCACGCGCAUAGUAGUCGUGUGCAUACAUAAAUAAACUUUAAAGUGAGACAGAUAUACUCACGCAGGUACAUAAUAACAUGAGGAUGUCCUCGUAUGACCCUAUUCGAACAAUGUGAAGUUAUCUUUUAUAAAAAAUAAUAAUUUCUAUAGCAAUGAGCUAAAAUAACAUUCAUAUUCAUUUUUAUCUCAGAAGUCGCUGGUUUAAAAGUCAUGCAUAUAUUUGCCUCAGAUGACUUGUACCUGAUUUGACACUUGUACUUCUUUAGAAUGUAGUGCCUCAAUACAUUAAUCAUUUUAAUGAAGUAAGUGCAUUCCAGAGAUGGAAAUACAGUAAUAAAGACACUCAAAGGUAGAAUAAGCUGUGUUUCAUCACCAGAUAUAGAAGAAUUUGAAAAAAAAUGUGAAAAAGUAAAAAAACUGCCUAUGACUCUAUAAACGCAAAAACAUGCACAAUACUAAAGAAAGCAAAAAAAAGAAAAAAAUUAUACCAGUUUGUAUACUAACACGCUACAUUACAACAUGCCCUACACCAAACACAUAUGAUAUGUCUGACUUUCCACUGAGAGUUUUUCUUUACACCACGUACCCCAUGAAUGUCCAGUAGACCCAAUGAUUUCAUAUUUGUUAAAACAACAAAACUACAGUAAUGAUCAGGUAAAUGGUGAUUCAAGACAA